UUUUAUACGUCAUUUGUAAAUAAGAAUAACCGGAUUCCUAAUCUCUCUUUCCUCUUUCCGUUCCAGGCUACCAGCACUGGUUUGCACUUUGUACCCAAGCUCCCAGUCAGCUCAGCUGUAAUGAUUCCUCCAUAACCUCCCCAUCUUUGUCUCUCCAUAGUUUCCAGCAACAAUGGACAUCCUCUUCGCGCAGAUCCAAGCAGACCUGCGCUCCAACGAUGCCCUCCGCCAGUCAGGCGCUCUUCUCCAAGCCUUACAGCAAUCCGCCGCCGGCCGCGACACUUCUGUCAUUGCCAAAACCGCCGUCGAAGAGAUUGUCUCAUCCCCCGCUUCCGCCGUCUGCAAAAAACUUGCAUUCGAUCUCAUUCGCUCCACCCCUCGCCUCACUCCUGACCUAUGGGACUCCGUCAUUUCCGGUAUUAAAUCGGACCUCGACUUCCCUGACCCCGACGUUUCUUCCGCCGCCGUUUCCUUCUUGUCCGCCGUUCCCUCCCACCUUCUUUCCUCCCUUAUUUCUCUCUCCCAUCAACACAUCACCGCUUGUUUUGACUCUUCUAGCAGUAAUCUUCGGUUUUCGAUCACUGAAACCCUAGGUUGCAUUCUUGCCAGGGACGAUCUCGUGGUUCUUUGUGAAAACAAUGUUAAUUUGCUCGAUCGUGUUUCCAAUUGGUGGAGGAGGAUCGGUCUGAACAUGUUGGAUCCUUCCGAUGUAGUUGCCAAGGUCGCAUUUGAAUCGGUUGGCAGGUUGUUCAAGGAGUUUGAGUCCAAGAAGAUGAGCCGAUUGGCUGGGGAUAAGCUUGUGGAUAGCGAAAACUCGGUUGCUAUUCGGUCGAAUUGGGUUUCUUCAAUGGUAGAUUUUGUAUGGAAGAGGAGGAAUUCGUUGAUGUCUAGGGCUUUGGUACUUCCCGUUGAGAGCUUCCGAGCAACUUCUUUUCCGUUGGUUUAUGGAGUAAAAGCUGUGGCUUCCGGCUCAGUUGAGGUGAUUCGUAAGCUCUCAUCGAAGGGCAGUGGGGCUGAUGGGAAGGCAGCAUUGGUGUAUGGGAAUGUUGAGAAGUUUGGUGGCGUCUCAGAUGUAGUGAUGCAUUUAUCCCCAUUUCUUGAAUCGUUAGAUCCUGCAUUGAUCUUUGAAGUGGCAAUUAAUAUGUUGUAUCUAGCCGAUGUUCCUGGAGGCAAGCCUGAGUGGGCUUCUGGUUCCAUUAUUGCAAUUCUCACGUUAUGGGAUCGACAGGAGUUUUCAUCUGCUAGGGAGAGUAUUGUUAGGGCAGUUGUUACCAAUCUUCACCUCCUCGAUCUUACUAUGCAGGUCUCAUUGUUUAAGAGGUUGCUUCUUAUGGUCAGAAACUUGAGGGCAGAAUCAGAUCGCAUGCAUGCUUUGGCAUGCAUUUGUCGUACAGCUCUUUGUGUUGAUCUCUUUGCCAAGGAAAGUGUCCGCAGAGGUCAGAAGCCUUUAGCUGGAACUGAUAUUGCUUCUCUGUUUGAAGAUGUGAGGAUAAAAGAAGAUCUUAAUAGCGUCACUAGUAAAAGCUUGUUUAGAGAAGAAUUGGUGGCCUCAUUAGUGGAAAGCUGCUUCCAGUUGUCUUUACCUCUCCCAGAGCAAAAGAAUUCAGGAACAGAGAGCCGAGUCAUUGGUGCCCUUGCUUAUGGUACUGGGUACGGGGCUUUAAAUUGGACUGAGCCCGCAUUAGAAGUUGUAGAAGUGUGUAAGCCCUGUGUUAAAUGGGACUGCGAGGGUAGAACUUAUGCAAUUGAUUGCUAUCUCAAGUUACUUGUGAGACUGUGCCAUAUAUAUGACACAAGAGGUGGUGUCAAACGAGUCAAAGAUGGUGCUUCACAAGAUCAGAUUCUGAAUGAGACUAGGCUGCAAAACCUUCAGCGUGAUCUUGUCAAUGAUCUACGUGAGGUGAAUACUCCUAGAAUAUCUGCUCGUCUCAUUUGGGCUCUAGCUGAGCAUAUUGAUCUUGAAGGUUUAGACCCCCUUUUGGCUGAUGAUCCUGAUGAUCCGUUGAACAUUAUCGUGACUAAUAUCCAUAAAGUUUUACUCAACAUGGAUUCGUCUUCCAUGACGACAAACAGGCUACAAGAUGUCCAGGCGGUUCUUCUGAGUGCUCAGAGAUUGGGAUCUCGAAAUUCAAGGGCUGGUCAGUUGCUGAGCAAAGAGCUUGAAGAUUUCCGAAAUAAUGGAUCUGCAGAUUCUGUCAAUAAGCAUCAGUGUCGCUUGAUACUGCAGAGGAUAAAGUAUGCCACCCUGUAUCCAGAUAACAGAUGGGCUGGGGUAAGUGAAGCUAGAGGGGACUAUCCCUUUAGCCACCACAAAUUGACCGUUCAGUUCUAUGAAGUAGCUGCAGCUCAGGACAGAAAACUGGAAGGGUUGGUGCAUAAAGCAAUUUUAGAGCUCUGGAGGCCUGAUCCCAGUGAAUUGACACUCAUGCUGUCAAGUAAAAUAGAUUCAACUCUACUUAAGAUUCCACCAAGAGCAUUUACGUUGACCGGGAGUAGUGAUCCAUGCUAUGUUGAAGCAUAUCAUUUGGCAGAUCCCAGUGAUGGCAGGAUCACUCUGCAUCUGAAGGUUAUAAAUCUAACUGACAUUGAACUUUAUCGAGUUGAUAUUCGAGUUGGGCUGACGGGGGCAUUAUAUUUCAUGGAUGGUUCACCACAAGCAGUGCGGCAGUUACGUAACCUUGUUUCCCAGGAUCCAGUGCCUUGUAGCGUUACUGUAGGAGCUUCUCAUUUUGAGAGAUGUGCCCUUUGGCUUCAAGUGCAGUAUUAUCCAUUCUAUGGCACUGGCCCUCUUCAUUAUGAAGGUGAUUACGCCGAAGGAGAUCCACAAAUUAUACGACAAAAGAGUUCCAAGCCAGAGCUGGGAGAACCAGUAAUCUUGAGGUGCCAACCUUAUAAAAUUCCGUUGACUGAGCUGCUUCUACCACACAAAAUCUCCCCUGUGGAAUAUUUUCGGUUAUGGCCAAGUUUACCUGCUAUUGUGGAGUACACAGGCACAUAUACUUAUGAGGGAAGUGGUUUUAUGGCAACUGCUGCUAAGCAGUAUGACGCUUCACCUUUUCUGAGCGGAUUGAAGUCUCUAGAAUCUAAGCCUUUCCAUAAAGUUUGCUCCCACAUUAUCCGCACAGUUGCUGGAUUCCAGCUUUGCUUUGCUGCUAAAACAUGGCAUGGGGGCUUUUUGUGGAUGAUGAUAUUUGGUGCUAGUGAAGUCAGCAGAAAUGUUGACUUGGGUGAUGAAACAACAACCAUGACGUGCAAAUUUGUAGUCCGAGCAUCAGAUGCCUCAAUCACAAAGGAAAUAGAGUCAGAUUUGCAAGGGUGGUUAGAUGACCUUACAGAAGGGGGAUGUGAAUACAUGCCUGAAGACGAGGUAAAAACAGCAGCUGCAGAAAGCUUAAGAGUAUCAAUGGAGCGAAUAGCACUUCUGAAGGCUGCCAAGCCACGCCCUAAAACCGAGUCUGAAAGUGAAGAAGAAGAAGAAGAUGAAAUGGAAGAAGGAAGUGGAGAAGAGUUGGAAAACGAGGAGAAAAAGAAAAAGAAAAAGAAAAAGAAAAAAAACGAGGAUGAAAAAAGUAAAGGACCUUCCACUCUGUCGAAGCUAACAGCAGAGGAGGUGGAGCAUCUUGCUCUUCAAGCAGCGGUUCUUCAGGAGUGGCAUGUAUUGUGCAAGGAUAGAGACACUAAAGUUUAUUAACAUUUCCUCUAAAGGUUUGAAUAUUAUUCCUGAAUUCAUUUGUCGUACAAAUUUUGUAUAGGUUCCAUAUUGUUUUUGCCUUUUUUCUUUAAAUUUAUUCACUUUUAUUUUAGUCUCACAUAUAGGAUUUGCAUAGAGGCACAUUAUUAUCAUAAUAUAGGCUAUCACUUCCGUUUUAUGCGUUUUGCGUUAUCUGUUUUUAUUCUUGAUUCUUAAACAGUUUGUAUUAGCUCGACAUUAAUACUAUAUUGAGAGCUAUUUUUUUUAUAUUAUAUAAAUGGAAGCGCAAUGUUCGUGUC